UAAAGAUAACUUAUGUGAAGGUCACAAAGACUAUUAGUCUACAGAAUAAUUAUAGGUAGAAUAAUAAUAGAGACUGAAAAGAUUUAUUCAAGAAAUGAGUCCAGAGAUUUAUUCUUCUGUAACUUCAAAGACACAACAAUGAUAAUAGCGUAUUGCAUAGUAAUGGCAGAAAUAAGGUCUGGGAUCCGAUUCAUCAUUCAUCGCAAUUUCGAUAAAGUGGAUUAUGGGUCUUUCAUGUCUGUGAAAAAGUUCACUGUUAGACUGCUCACGAAUAUCCCCUCCCCUGAGUCCUUUCCAUUCACAGUUAGUGAUGGCAAAUUCUACCCUUCGUGUACACUAUCGAUGUGACUAAUAUUAUUCAUAGUAUUUUUAUAGAAUU